UUUAAGAUCGAUAGAUGCGCGAAAUUAGCUAUGACAGCUACGGAUGCUCUUCUCCUAUAUGACAAUUUUGAAGGCCAUUCCCUUCAUUAUAAUCCAGACAAAUCGAAAAGUUACACCAGCUGUGGAAGAACUAUUUGCUCUCAACGAGAUUGCCAAUUUUGAAGGUCAACGCAGUCCAGGUAACUCAGCUGAAAGAUGGUGUUGCUGUGUGUUGCAUGAUCACUUACGCCAUAGCCAACGAGACUUUGCUCUAGAAUUUCUUUAUUCAUGGUCUCAUCUCUGUGGAACAAAUGGGAACAAAAAUUCGGUUAACUCUAUCAAUGAUUGUACUCUGCUAGAGCUUGGUGGGUUUACCUUCCCAGGGUCCAUCAAUAAGUUGCAGUCUUGCAGUAUUUUUGGGAUCCAACUGAAAAUUUAGUGUUGGAAAUUCUCAGCCUAUAUUCAUAUAUGAUCUAUAGGCACCAAGAAAACAUGUCCACACAACCGCCAUAGGUCUAACUGGCAUCUUAAUAAUAAGGUUUAGGGUGUCCUCAAGAUAACCAACACGGACAUGAAGGUCAACUAUGGACACCUAUUGAUCAACUAUAUAUGUAAUGCAAUAAGAUUGGUUCAUUAAUUCAAAGAUUUUGAGAGA